UCGAGACACAUUCAGACACUCGAACCAAAAACACGAGACACGAAAUCCGUUCUUUUUAUUUUUACCUAAUUAUUUGUAUUAUAAACAAAAUGCACCAUUCCAGCCAUGUGAGGAUCUAUCUGUUCCGCAAGCUCUCUGUUCCACCCACCGACCAGCAGCGGGAGGUGUAUGAGGAGGCGGUCGCCGAGGUGCUGGGCCAGGUCCUUGGCGGACACUCGAGCAUGGUGUUUUGCUGCGGCCACGGCAAGGCUGACGGUGAUCCGGAGGACAUUGUAACCCGCAUCUGCGGGGAACUCUUCUCCGGCAACCAGGCGUCGGAUCAGACAGAAGUAUCGGUGCGACAUGUGAAGCUAAGCGGCGGCACGGAUGACCUAACAAUGAACCUGACCAGCUCUGCUUAUCGGACCCCGCUGGAUCAGUUUGUGGCCACUCCUCGGGAGCUACAGGCCUAUUUCCAGACAGUUAAGGAGAACAUGGGACUGGAGGACGAGUGUCGCCAACUUAUGUUCAACGUUCUUGUAGGCCAGAAAUCGAGUGCCGACUGCGGCGAGUUGCAGCUCAUACACCUCAUGGAAACGGGUGAAUAUCCACAGUCUGCAGACGCGGAGUCCGGCUCUGAGUUCGAGUCCGAGUCCCAGUCCGAGUCGGAGACCGCGUCCCACUCUGGAACCAGAACCGAAACUGAAACUCCCCUGGAAACGUUGCGGAAACUACUGCAGGCCCUGGCCCACAACACAAAGACACAUCUUAGGUACCACAACGUACGGCUGACCGGACUCCUAAAGCAGCUGCUGGGCAACUGCGGGAGAACUGUGCUGGUAAAUUUCACGAGCGAGCCGAAGAGUUUGAAACGCGUCGUGGCCAUUUCGUCGGGGAUUUACCGCGACGAGCUGACCGCCACGGUGUGGCAGGCAAUGUACAGGCACGAGCGCCAGAAAUACUGUUGCCUGAGGGAGAAGGUCCUCAGCCAGGGGUCCGAGAAGCCAAAGGAAAUGGAGGAAUUCCUGGAGUACUUGGAGGAAGGCCGGCCUUCGGAGGAGGAUUGCGAAAACGCGGAACAGGAGCAGGAGCAGGAUCUAAUGCAACAGAAAAUGAUUGAGAUUCGGGACGAGGCGGAGCACACCAUUGCUCAGCUGGCGGAACUUAGGUCAGACAUGGAACGCGUGGUGGAGCAGAGCUAUCGCCAGGAGCAGCAGCUCGAGCAGAAGAACCGCCAGUUGGCCAGGCUGAGUAAGCUGCUCACGAGUGCCCGCGAGGAGCUGAGGGCUCAAAGGUUGCAAUUUAAGCAAAAACUAGCCGAGGACCUGGGAAAACUCAGCAGCAUGUGUCGCCUCCAGAGCAAAAUGCAAAUGCAAGUUCAUCGCCGCCAUUUGUCCGAGGUAUUUGACUUAAUCCUACAGGGGAAACAGCAGGGGGAAGCUACCCGGAUAAGUAUGGAGGACGAAGAGACAGAUGAUGAGCCGCCUGAGAAGCCUAGGACAAGUAGCAACGUCUAGCCCUCGGCUUUCAGCGCAGCGCCUACGAAGACCCCCUCUUAAAGGUCAGCCGAUCGUCUUCGGAAAGAGCCAUCCGGCCAUCCAGGCCAGUCACGAAGCAUUCGGAGCAAUCACACAUUCCCCAGUGCAUCUGGCUAUGCCCCUUUGCCAUUUAGCUGGAGCUUUGACACAGAGAUACAGACGGAGACUGCCAGCCAGUCUGCCAUCCAGUUUGUUUCCCUUGUGUAUCGUUUUUGCGGCCAAAGCUUCGGGAGCUAUGCCUGGGAUGUACCAUGUACAGAGCCACUAGAUGCUAUUCAUUCCAAAAUUUCAAGCUUUCUGGACCUAUUGGCAAGUAUAGUACUAUCCAGAUGUAAAAGUAUAGUACUAGCUAUUUGCAAACAGGUCAAGAUGGAACUAAAACUCCACGUUUCAGAGGAGUUCAAGGUCAUAUGUUUCAUGUUUUAUGGGGCAAAGAAGAACGUGAUUCUUUCGAUAUAUAUUGUAUAUGACUUAUUUAUAGUCCCUACAAAGUUCCGAAUGCUGUUCGCCUGCCAAGAAAAAAAAAUGGGUUUUAAGCUUUCCAAAUUAAGUGUUUCCAAAAUCGUAUGACAAUUGUCAAAAUUCCCAUCUAUAAACUUUCGAGGCUCAGAAUAAACUUAAUGAAUAUAUUUCGCUAAA